GUGUGGAUGUCCAGAGGGAGGAGACAGAUCUGUGGAGUCAGGCAGUAGGCAAACAGAGGGAAAAAUAGAGAGGAGAGGAGGAGAGAGAGCGAGGAAAGCAGUGCUCUGUUGGGGAGCACAUCGGAUCAUGCGGUCAGGCAGCUCUCUGGUUUGUAUAGGGGCACUGCUCCUGGGGCUCUGGGCCUCAAUGGCUAAGACCUCAGACUUUAAGCACCAUGGCUAUGAAGAGAUGGUUCGUGCUCUGUUUGCGGUACAGAGUGAAUGCCCCUAUAUCACCCGCAUCUACAGCAUUGGGCGCAGUGUGGAGGGACGCCAUCUCUACGUCCUGGAAUUCACUGACAACCCUGGCAUCCAUGAAGCAUUGGAACCAGAGUUCAAGUAUGUUGGAAACAUGCACGGUAAUGAAGUUUUAGGCCGAGAGCUGCUAAUCCAGUUAUCCCAGUUCCUGUGUGAGGAGUACCGAGCAGGAAACCAGAGAAUCACCCAGCUCAUCCAUGACACACGCAUUCACAUUUUGCCCUCCAUGAAUCCAGACGGCUAUGAGGUGGCGGCUAGACAGGGCCCAGAGUUUAAUGGCUACCUGGUGGGGCGUGGGAACUCCAGGGAAGUGGACUUGAACCGGAACUUUCCAGAUCUAAAUGCCCUCAUGUACUACUAUGAGAAAAACAAUGGGAGGAACCACCACCUGCCCCUGCCAGACAACUGGGAACAACAGGUUGAACCUGAGACGUUAGCAGUCAUUAAAUGGAUGGAGAACUAUAACUUCGUCCUUUCUGCCAACCUGCAUGGAGGAGCUGUGGUGGCAAACUAUCCCUUUGAUAAAUCCAGGGAGGCGCGUGUGAGGGGAAAGACAACAUACUCAGCCACUCCAGAUGACAAGCUCUUCAGAAAGCUAGCGAAGACAUACUCCUAUGCCCACAGCUGGAUGCACAAAGGUUGGAAUUGUGGGGAUUAUUUUGAGGAGGGAAUCACUAACGGAGCUAGCUGGUAUUCCCUCUCCAAAGGCAUGCAGGACUUUAACUACCUCUACACCAACUGCUUUGAGAUUACACUGGAGCUGAGCUGUGAUAAGUUUCCACCUGCGGAUGCUCUUCCCAGAGAGUGGCUGGCCAACAGAGAGGCCUUGGUCUCUUAUCUGGAGCAGGUGCAUCAUGGGAUUAAAGGUAUGAUCUAUGAUGAGAAUAACAAUCCUAUCAAGAAUGCAGUCGUAGCAGUGGCAGGAAUAAACCAUGACAUCACUAGCGGUGUGGAUGGUGACUAUUUCCGGCUGCUUUUGCCAGGGACCUAUACAGUGACAGCCUCUGCUGCAGGAUACAUGCCCUCAACCAGCACAGUCACAGUGGGACCUGCAGAGGCUAUACAGUUACACUUCUAUUUGAAAGCUGUACCCAAAGGGACAGAGGUUAACAUGAAGAGUCAGCAUAGUAAAAAAGGUGUGUCCUCUGCCAAAGUCCCGCCAGCCAAUCUGGGCCCUCGAUGAGCAGAGAAACAUCCCAGCCACAUUUAUUCAACAUCUAGAUAUCUUUCACCCCAAACAUCCUACUAUUGUGAGGACAACAGGAAGAUGGGCAGAAGUAUGAGCCAUCCUGUCCAAAAACUCAUCUUUUGUAUUCCAGUAAAAAUCAUGUCUCAAACUUAAGUGGUUUAUGUUGAUAUCAAAAAAGUCUCUUUCAGACAGAAAUUAUUAUUUUCCAAAGCCUCUCAUAUUUAUAUGUUAGUCAUGAGUUUUUUUUGUUGUUUGCUUCUGUGACUUAAUGGGAUUUGUUUUAAACAACAGACAAAUAAAUGAACAAUUUAUUGACAUAUACACUGACUGACUGAAUUACAGCUACAGCAGUACUCAUAGCACGAUUGCGGCAGACUUACAACAAUAGUAGAAUUACAACUACAUCAGUAAUUAUAGCAGAGUUACAGCAGAAUUAAAUACAACUACAUCAGUAAUUAUAGCAGAGUUACAGCAGAAUUAAAUACAACUACAUCAGUAAUUAUAGCAGAGUUACAGCAGAAUUAAAUACAACUACACAGUAAUUAUAGCAGAGUUACAGCAGAAUUAAAUACAACUACACAGUAAUUAUAGCAGAGUUACAGCAGAAUUAAAUACAACUACACAGUAAUUAUAGCAGAGUUACAGCAGAAUUAAAUACAACUACACAGUAAUUAUAGCAGAAUUACAGCAGAAUUACUAGCACAGCAGAAUUACAACUACAGCAGUGAAACAGAAAGAAACACCUCCAUAUAACUUUGCUUUGUGAAUCUCAAACCCGUUGUUCGUCCAGCACGACAAUUUUAUCACUACCAGUUCUUCUUGUUUAAAACAUUCUCAUUAGAAUUUUGAAUCGAUAUUUUCCAACUUGAAAAUAGCACGGUUUGUAGCAACCCUGGAGUAUGCUCCACUAGAGGUCAGUAUUGUCUAGUAUUUUAAAAAGCACAAGUAUUUUCUUUAGACAAACGCUACAAAGAUUUUUAAUUUUUCCAUAUAAAUCCUUAAUUAUCAUAUGCAUUAUGUUUCAUAUUUUAACAGUUAUUUUGAAGUGAAGUUAUAAACAUGAUUGCUUUGUACUUCUAAUUGUAAAUCUGUCAUUAUGCAUUGAAUUAAAUCCUUCAGUGGUUAUAAGCA